AUGUUUAAUCAAAAGUUGUUUGUUGGAACUUCUACAGGUUCAUUACUUGUGUAUGAAAUCAAGGAACCUUUAGAGAAAGAACCUUUGUCCGUUAAUUUAUUGAAACUUACAAAAAUUUUCAAAAAGAUCAUUGAACAAUUAAAUGUGAUAUUGGUUGCACUUUCAGGAAGAGGUGGCAGUAGAAUUUCAACAAUAGUGACUCGUCUUUCUGUUGCUGUAAAAAAGAAAUCACUUAUUUUCACUUGGAAGGACACCGGAUUUGUUGAUAAUAAAUUUGGGUGUUUUACAAAAUUUUGUCUUGGUUUAGCUAAUGAAUAUGUUUUGUUGGAUAUUGGUUCUGGUGUUUUGAAGGAGCUUUUUUCACAUAUUAAUUCUGGUUUCAGUUAUAUGGUGGCAUCAUUUAGCGCAAAAGUUAAUGUAAGUAUUUUCGUUGGACUUGAUGGUACACCUAUUCGAUAUUCCUAUCCUUAUCUUGUAGCUAUACUUCCAAACCACGUUAAAAUCAGGAAUAUAGUUACUCAAUCAUUAGUACAAACAAUAGAACUACCACAACCACGGCUUAUUAAUCAAGGAAAAUAUUUAUAUAUUGCUAAUAAUAAUACUAUUUGGGGAUAA